GAAUAGAUUUAGUGAGGUACCCGCAGAAGUGACUGACUACACCUCAUUGGAGCAACUCAACCUCUACCAGAAUGUGAUAAAACACCUGUCCGACUCUCUGGCUGCACUCCAGUCCCUCACGCAUCUUAUCCUUAGCCGCAACCAGCUGUCAGUGGUGCCUGGGUGUGUGUGUGCCCUGGCUGCCCUACGUGUCCUUGAUGUCUCCGGUAACCGCCUGGUCAGCCUCCCUGAGGAGGUGGGGCACCUUAGAAAUCUCAUGGAGCUCAAUGCCUCCUAUAACCAGCUGGCACACCUGCCUCCUGCACUGGGCGAGCUUGACACCCUACGCAGUCUCAACCUCCGCAGAAACUUGCUCCAGACUCUUCCCCCAGAAUUGUGUUUUCUGCGGUUGGUAUUUAUGGACCUCAGUUGUAACCGGAUAGCGACACUACCUACUGAACUGCGAUUCAUGUCCUCCCUCAUUAGCCUCACUCUUGACAAUAAUCCCCUUCAGCAUCCACCUGCUAAUCUUUGUAUGAGAGGGCGAGUUCAUAUUUUCAAAUGGUUAGAGAUGGCAGCAGCAAAAGAGGAUAAGAAGAGAGGUAUUUUGACAACUGAAGCUGAGUUUCGAAAAUUACAGUUACGAAAACCAUCUUCUUGCACAGAUUUUAGGUUUGUGAACGGGUUCUUCGAUCCCCGACACAAGCGUAGUACGAUGGACAGUGGGUAUAGUACUUGUGAAAGUGUUGACCAGAGAUGGUCAAAGGAAAGUCAAGAGAGCUUGGAAUAUGAAGACCCACGUAAACUGGCUGUUAGGGCUGCUGCAUGUACCAAGGAACAAAGACAAGAACGGGGUCGUAGUGGCCCUUCAUCUCGACCAGUCAACAGUAUUCCUAAUGGGAGCAUUAGUCCAGGGGUAAAUGGCUCUCAAACUAAUAUGGGGCAGGGAAUGAAUGGCUCAGGUUAUAGUACACAGCCACUUGGAGAGCAUACAACCAGUGGUUUGUCAACACCAAGCACACUUAGUCCAGGCGAUGGAUUCAACUUAGAAGAUGAAUUCAAUAAGGCCCUGAAAAUGAGACAGGACUAUGAGAAUGUUUAUGUGAAUGACCAUUCAUCUGUUAAAGAAUGCCAAAACAACAGUGGUGCUAUUUGGAAUGUUGGGAGCAGCAGCCACAGCAGCAGCAGCAACAGCAGCAACAGCAACCACAGCAGCAGCAGCAACGGGGUCAUCACCCUUCGCCACCCCCCAGAACCCCCCCUUCCCCAUAACCCUGAUCCUGGAGGGGGCUACAUUCCUCCCAACUACCCCUCCCAAAAUUCCCACGCUCACGUCCCCACCUACAGAGAGUAUGUCGAAGCUAAAUUACAAAAACGGGCGAUGGAAAACAAUAAUAUCUAUAGGCGGCAAGCAGGAGAUGGAAGCACUCCUUCAUCUGAAAACGGGACACAUAGAUCAGUAGAAAAUUUGUCCCAUCGAACAGAUGUUGCAUCACAGCCUCGGCCAAAGCCAGUGGGAGCUGCAAAACCAUGCAAUGGUCUUGAUGGAUAUUCUCAGAGGUUGCCUAGUCAACCACGACCACAAGACCUCAUUCGGGAGGACAUGACACGAGCAGACGUCAAGACUAUACAGAAGGAAGCUGUCUUGUCUUACAUAAAGUCUCGCGUCAGUCCUACUAAAGGAUCUUCCUCCAGUUCACCGGAUGUGAGCUUCGAUUCUGGAGAUGGCUCCUCUUACCUUCCCAACCAUGCCAGUUCCUCUCAUCCCCAACAUGCUGUGCCACACACAAACUAUUCAUCUAGUCAAUACACUAGCCAAACUAUUAGUUUUCCAGUAAAUGUAACACAGGUAACCAGUACACCGUAUUCAAGUAGCAGUAACCCUUAUACAAGUACAGGCCACCACACUUCGACACUUCCCCCACAAACCACUACCACCACUACUACAUACACUGUCCGAGGAAGUACUAGUUCUUUACCUAAAGCACCCACUACAGUGAAGGCCAGAAAGCGAAGUGGUGGAGGACGACCUUUCGAUCCAGAUUCCUCUCCUGCUCAUCUCAGUUUUACAUAUAGAAGGGAACUGGAGAAGCAACAGCAUGAGAAGCAGUUGAUUGAAAAUUUAAGAAAUAUCAUAGAGACAAGAUUGAAGGUAUCGCUGCCAGCAGAUAUGUCUGCAGCAUUGAUGGACGGAGUUGUUCUCUGUCACUUAGCAAACCAUGUCCGCCCCAGAUCUGUCUCCUCCAUCCAUGUUCCUUCCCCAGCUGUGCCAAAACUUACCAUAGCAAAGUGCAGAUUAAACGUUGAAAACUUCCUUGAAGCUUGCAGAAAGAUUGGUGUUGAAGAUAGAAUAGGUAUGGCCAACCCCUACGCCCCCCCAAGUCUGUUUUAUGGGGUUUUGCUGAGACUGAUUCAAUUAUUGAGACACUUCAACCCAUGACCAAUCAUUUCUGGUUAUAUUUUAUUAUUUGAAAAAUAGGGUAAAGCAUUGAUUUUUUGUGUGUCGAAUUGAAAAUGGAGAGCAAGUGUAAUAUAGAAGAGGCCUGAGAACAUGAUUAAUGAAUAGAGGAAAUGUUGCUUGGAAUGCCUAGUGUUUAUUUUGGACUUUUGUGAUCAUAUUGAACAGUGGAAUUAGCUUAAUAUUGGACUCAAAGUGGGCAAAAUUUCUGAUGUGUAAAUUUCACCCAGACUGUUAACUUUGUGCCUGCAUAAUUUCGUAAGUUUUCAACUAAAUUUUGUAUUUUUUGGAGACAUUACCUUCAGAAAAAGAUUCUGUACCAUUUCUGAAGUUUUUUUUUUGUUGUUGUUGAAAAAUGCCAAUACUGAGCACAUUUCAUUUUGAGUCUUGUGACAGUAAAGGGGUUAAUAACAUUGUAUGACAUAUAAUGUAUUGACUUGUGUGUUAGAUAUCAGUUUAGAGGGAGUAUGAAGGAAGUAACUGUGUUAGGAUGUUUGUGUGUAGACUUACUGGUAAAUGGGUCAGUGAAAGAUAUUAAUUAACCAUAGAAUUGAUAAGGAUGGGGGGCAAAAAGUGGGUGGUGCAUUGAGACAUCUGUGGAGACAGAACUUUAUUCAUUCAGGCCAAAAAUGGAAUGCACCCAGACUAUAGUGUGGUACCAACACUCAUUUGGGUGUGAAGCAUGGGUUUUUAACAUUGCAGCGAGGAGGAGGCUGGAGGCAUUGGAGUUGUCAUGUUUGAGGGCGGUGUGUAGUGUGAAUAUUAUGCAGAGAAUUUAGAGCUUGAAGAUUAGGUGAGGUUACCAAAAGUAUUAUUUAGAGGGAUGAAGUGGGUUCUUGAGGUGAUUUGGACAUAGAGAGUAGAUGGAGCAAAAUAUGAUGACUAUGAUGGGUGAAGAAAAGGAUUGGUAGGGGUCGUCCCAGGAAAGGUUUAAGGGAAGAGGGUAAAGGAGGGUUUUGAUUACUAGGGACUUGGAUAUCCAACAGCUUUUAAGAGUGCAUUGGAUAGGAGCAAGUGGGUUGUAUGAUUUGUGCUGUUGGAGUGUGAGCAAAGUAAAAUUUGUGGAGGAGGGAUUCGGGGAAACCAUUUAGCUAGAUUUGAGUCCUGGAGUUGGAAAGUACAGUACCUGUACUGUGAAGGAGGGAUGGGGAUGAUGCACUUCAGAGUCAUCUGAACUGUGAUAUCAGCAUGUUUCUGGCAAGACAGUGAUUGUGAUUGAGGGACAUUGAAAGAGUUUCCUUAUUUUUUGGUCACCCUGCUUUGGAUUUCUCUAAAAUAUUGUUUUUGAUAGUAGUAUGAGUUUCUCUUUUAUAUUCUAUUGCUUCACAUUUUGGAACUGGAUGUCCCCCAAAAUUUCUUCUGUAAAUGGCAAGAUAUGAACUCUUUUACUUUCUUGGAAAUAAUUGAAGAUGAUGGCUACAGACAUCAAUAUAAUUGAAAGUUACUUUGAUUUCCAUCAUUAAAUGAGUUUAAUUUUGAUAUCAUUCUGAAUAUUGCACAUUUAAAAUGAGUGCUUAAAAUUUUUGGUUGUUUAUAUUCUUAGUUUUGACUUUCAAAAAGCAUUCAGGGUGAAAACAGAAAAAAAUAAUUGCUCAUUGUAAGAAAACAGCACAUUAGGUAAGUGGGAAAUAAUUUUUAAUUACCUUUUGUUAUAGUAAGUGCAUAAUACACAGCAACUGAAGUGUAGCCAAGGUUAACAAGCAAUCAUGUGUUGGGCUAUUCAUCGAGGCUGGAUGUCACCCAGCCUUGGGUUAAUAUGUACUAUUUAUUUAAUCAAAUGUUUUCUUUCAUGCAUUCCAUUAAUUUUUUAAGAUAUAUUGUGUUAUAUUUCAUAUUUAUUAUUUAGAUUUAUAUAUUUUUUUUAUGUUGUGGACCCCUUUGAAGGGUAAGUGAGCAAGGAUUUUACAGUUGACUGGAGAAAAAUAGUUGAUAAAAUUAGGAGUGCAGAAUACCUUGUGGGUUUACCAGUGAGAGUACAGAGCACCUACAUAUUAAACACAUUGUCACCUUUACAUUUUAUUACAUUAUUCAAGUUUGCAAUAUUUUCACAGUUGUUUUUGGCUAAAAUUGUGUAUAUUAAUUAAUAUGGAAAGUGAACUCUUGUCUUGGUAAGGUUUACUCCUCAAUAAUUCUGCAUAAUUUUAAAAUAUACAUUUUAUAUGCAUUAUCAGCUUCAACUUGCUAUAUUUCCAGUUUGUAUCUUACAAUACAUAACAUAUGACAUAAAAUUUAAAUUUCUGUUUUGGUAUUAUUAAAAAAUAUAUAUGUAUAUAUUUUGACAAUAGGAUUGCUUCCAGGCAAGCUUAAAAUUUUUGGCUUAAUCUCUUGGUUCCGUAUAUGAAACUAAUAAUUUUGCUUUUAUUUGUUAAUCAUUGAUAUCCAAAAUUAUUUUGCAGGGGUAAUAUAAUGUGUAUGAUUUUUAUGUUCUGUAUUUUUAUUGCCACAUAAGAUGGCACUUGUGCAGCAUUGUGGUCGUUAAGAAAAACUGGCUGCUUUGUUCUAGUUUAUUUCAAUACAAAGGCUUUGGUUGCUGGCUUAUGUUGUGCAUUAUAUGUUUAUGACUUCAGUUCUGUUGCAAUGUUCACAUUGUAGAACUUGUCAUUGCUUAACUGUUUUAAGUAAUAAAGUGUGCCGCUAUAAACUGUAUGCUUAAGUAAUUGUCAUAAGUGUUAUCAAGCACCAGUAUAUGAUUUCAGUACUCUAACUUAAACCAAAGCCUUUGAAAACCACUAUAUGCUAAUUAAUAUUCAUUCUAUGUAAUUAUUGGUGAAACUUGAGACAUUUUUGAUAGUAAGGGAUGAGUGAUGUAUCUUAACUAGGGUAAAAAUGCCUUAAAGCUAUUUAGGAUUGUUAAAAAUAUAUUGAAUAUUAUUUUUUACAUUCAUAAAUGUUGUUUUAAGAUAUUUUUGACCCUAGUUGAGAUGUUGAGGUCAGUCUUAUUAUUCUUGGCAGUGCUUUGUAUGAUCACCAUGUUUAAUUUCUGUGUGGUAGAAAUUUUCCAUAACGUAUGCGAGAGAAGUUUACAUGUUUGUAUUAUUAUAAGAGUGUAACCACUACCUAAUACAUCUGCAAUGUCUCAACUUUUAGUAUAUGCAGCUAAGAAUAUAAAAUAUAUUCUGUGAUAUUUAAAAAAUUUAGUUACAUGAAGAUGUGAAUGUUUUUGUCAAGUUUUGACAACUUCUAGUCCCAAGAUAAAAAAAAAAAAUCCAAAAAGGUGCUUUAGAAAUCAAGUCAAAUAUUGAUUUGUCUGUCACACACACUAUACAAGUUAGUUUUGAGUAUUUCUUUUUAUAGCACACUUCACAUAUACUUUAAGUUCUAGCUUCAAAUAUUACUAGAUCAUUUAUGAAUCUAAGUGUACUUAAAUCAGAUUCCAUUGUCAUUGUCCGUGGAAACUGAAAAUUAUUAUUUUAUAUAUUUUAUCAUCAAAAUAGGAUAAUUUUUAUUUAUCUUGCAUCAUUGUAGAAUUUCGUAAGUAAAUUUGUUAAGCUUUUAUCAUUUAAAGGCAGUGAACUACAUUACCAUGAGCAGUGAAUGGCAUUAAAAUUUGGCUCCCAAAAGACUAGUCAUUAUUGGCUCAAUUAGUUUGUAUAUUGGUAUUUUACAAAGUCUCACAUGGCUUAACCAGUAAAGUUGUCUUUAUAUGAUAUAGCACCAUGAUAUUCCUUUUAUUUGGAUUAUGUGCAUGGGUGUAUCAAAAUUUUAAAAAUCAUAUUCAGUGCCUCUCUUAUUCAGAUGAAAAAAAUAUUAAGUAAUUUUAGAAAAAAUAUCUUAUUUUGAAAGAAAAAUCUCCUUUUCCAGAAUCUAAAUUUUUGAUUGGUAAAUUUUUGGUUUAAUCCUGGGGGGAAAAAAAUUAAAUUUCGGAGAUUGCUUUACAUCCAAAAUUUCUGGCAGCAUUCUCUCUCUUAUUUAGAAAAACUGCUGGAAUUUAACAAAACCUGAAAUUAAUAUUCAAAAUUAUCAGUAAUUCAGAAUAUUUUGAGUUUUAGAGCUUAUUCUGAAUUUAAAAUUUAAAUUUUAUUUUGGAGAAGUCAUAAUAUUGAAUGUUGUUUCUUGAAGAACAUUUAAUUUGUAUGACAAAUUCACACAUACACUAACAUGGAUGUAGCUUAUAGAAUGUUGCUAAUUGGUUCAGGAUAAUUGAAAGCUACAUCUUACACGCCUUAAUUGUAUAUCAGAUGGUUUGUCUGCAAAAUAUAUCUGCAGUACCUUAUUCUGUGUAAUUAUUUCCAUAGAGAAGUGGUGGUGUCAAAUUUCCUCUUUAUGAUGCAAUUUGAGGAGGAUUUACUUCCAUAUAUUAUCAGAGUUACAUUUUGUCUUGAACCCAGUGAUAUUCUGAUAGUUAGACUUGUAUCUUUCUAACAUUGUAAGAUCUGCAGAGAUAAAAAAAAAAAAUAAAUUAACUAGCAUCUUUUAAAGGAUUUAAGAAGUUUUGUAACCAGCUGUGUUUAAAAUCAAUAAUGGACUUUGUGACAUAAUAAAAAAAUUUUAUGUAUUUUUUGUAUAAUUUAAUUUGUACCAUAUAUCAGAUAAUUAUAAUACACACAGAGUAUGGUUGUGUGUGAUUGCAUGCAUGUGCCCAACUAUAUGUAUUUGUGUGGUCUUGGCUUCUAGCCCUGCCACUUAAUUUGCCACUUUCUGUGUCAUACCUAUUCUUAAAAUUAUGUAUGAAAUCUGCUUCCACAAUCUCUUCAUUGAGGUCAUUCCGUUUCCCGACCACCUUAAGACUGAAGUACUUCCUGACAUCCCUGUGACUCAUCUGCAUCUUUAGCUUCCAGCUGUGUCCCUGAGUUCCUAUUUCUCAAACAGCCUGUCCAUUUCUGCCCUGUCAAUUCCUCUUGAGUAUCUUGUAUGUUGUUAUUAUUUCUCAUCUGGUCCUUCUGUCCUCCAGGGUUGUUAGAUUAAAUUCCUUUAGCCUUUCUUUGCGGCUCAUACCCCUUAGUUCUGGAACUAGUCUCAUUGUGUACUUCUGCACUUUCUCCAGUUUCUUACCCUGAUUCCUUAGGUUUGGGUUCUGUACCGGUGCUGUGUACUCCAAGGUGGGCCUAAUAUAUGUUUAUAUAGAGUACCUGGAAUGACUGUGUUGAGAUUCCUGUAGGCCAUUCUCUGAUUUGCCAGGGGAGCAUUAACUGCAGAGGUUAUUCAUUUGAUGUGAGCCCCUGGUGACAUGGUAGGUCCUUCUCUCUGAAUGAGGUCAGCAGCCUAUGUCCCCUGAGUCUGUACUGUGAAAGGUCUUCUGUGUGUGUGUGUAUAUAUAUUUGUGGUGUUUGCUCAUUUAUCACAGAAGGUGGUAGAUAUGCUUAGUGCAGGAUGUAUAUAAGAUUAGAGGUCACCAACUGCAUGCAAUCCUAUAACAAAUUUUGUGACCCCUUUAUGUGCCUGAUCAACUGGGUUGUGAUUUUCUCAAUCUGUUUGCUGGGCCAAGAGCAUUGAGCUGACUGUGGUGGUGUGCUCAUGCUCUAGUUCACUGUCCCACCAUUAUUAUUAUGUCUUUAGUCAGGUUGAGAUGACAGUAGUCAACCACAGUAACAUCAUGGAGGUAAAUGUGGUUUACCUGGAGAGGGUUUCAGGGGUCAAUGCCUCCACAGCUCAGUCUGAGACCACGCCUCAUGGUGGAUCAGGAUCUGAUCAACCAGGCUGUUACUGCUGGCCGCAUGUAAAGUGACGUAUGAAUCACAGCCUGGCUGGUGAGGUACUGACUUUAGGUGCCUGUCCAGUGCCUUCUAGACAGCCAGGGGUCUAUUGGUAUUCCCUCAUAUGUAUGCUGGGAGACAGUUGAACAGCCAUGGGCCCCAGACACUUAUUGUGUUGUGUCUAUGUGUAUUCGUGGUGCCCCUGCUUUUCAUUGGGGGAAUGUUGCAUCUCCUCCUGAAUAUUUUGCUUUCAUAGGGAGUGAUUUUCGUGUGCAAGUUUGGUACUAAUCCCUCCAGGAUUUUCCAAGUGUAUAUUAUCAUGUAAUUCUCUUGCCUGCAUUCCAGGGAAUGCAAAUCAAGUGCACUGUAGUUCCGUGCUGAUUCUCUAAUUCACUAUACCAUCACUUCUCUCCUCACUGUCAUUGUUGUGGCUUUGGUGAGGUAGAGAGAGAGUUGGGUGUGGUCAGGAAAGGGCUUUUGUUUUAUAAUAUUGACAUGUUGAGAGCCCAGCUGCUGAUGCCUUAAUGUAACAUAGCUGUGGUGGCUUUACAAAUCCUUAAAAAAGUAGAUGCUGUCUUCCACAUUUUUGUUUUAAUAUUUUUUCUUUGGUUUGGCUUCAUCAAAUACAUUUAUCUUUACUAUAUGUUUUUUUAGUAUUACAAGGUGCUAUCAAAAAGUUGUUGUACUUGAAAUUUUACAUGCUUCCUGGGUGAAAUAUGGCAGCAGCAUAGACCACACUGUGCAGUACACUCUGUAAAGUAGCAUGGUUGGUUACUCUAUUGAGGUUAGAUGGGCAUUUUUUGUUGUGUUGUCAGUGCAUUAUUGGGAUUUUUUGUGUAUUAGAAUGGAAUCUUUAAAAGAAAGAACAGCACACGUGUGUGUGAAAUCGUUUCAAGUUGGGUACAUUGGCUAGUGAUACUCGCAAAAUGAUUCAGCAAGCAUUUUAGCAACGAAGCAAUGGGUCUUGCUUCAAAGCAGGAUGAAUAUCAGUUGAGGAUGAUGAACACUGGUCUUCCAUCAAUGUCAAAAACAGAUGCCAACACUGAAAAAGUGAGGGCGGUUAUUUGUGAAGAUCAUCAUCAAAGUAUCCAGGACACUGCAAGUAUUGUGGGAAUUUCUUAUGGGUCAUAUUAAAGCAUUUUGACUGAAAAUUUGAGUGUGAGGCAAAUAGCUGUGAAAUUUGUCUCCCACUUGCUGACUCAAGAACAGAGUGACCAUUGUUUUCAGGCCACUAACAACAUGUUGGUCCUCUCACACCUUCCCUACUUCAGCUCCCUGUGACUUUUUUCACUUCCCAAAAAUGAAAAUGGCACUCAAGGGGCAGCAUUUUAAGCAUGAAAGAAAUUCAAGCUGUGCUGAAUGCAGUUAGGAAAGAAGAGUUCUGGAAAUGUUUUGAGAAGUGGCAGAGGCUCUGAGAUCAGUGUAUAGCCUCCUAAAGAGAGUACUUCCAUGGAGACAACUUCAAGUAGGUGAUUAGGUAAGCUGCUGCUUUUUUUUUUUUUCUUUUUCUUUUUUGGCAGUCUAGGAAAACUCUGAUAGUUCCUCGUAGGCAUGGCGAGUUCUUUUGAUGCAACUGGGUAAUGAAAACGUGUCUUUUUAAUAUUUCAUUACACCCAAACAAAGGAAACACAUUCACCAUCAUUCAUUCAAUAGCUGUCUUUCUAGAAGUAUUUAUAUGUCACAAUUCAAAUAAUCCUCUGAACUACAACAUUCCCAUCCCUCCUUCAGAGUGCAGGCACCGUACUUCCCACCUCCAGAAGUCCAGCUAACUGGUUUUCCUUAUGCUUCUCAUAAAUGCUUUCUUGCUCACGUUACAACAGCACAUUAGUCCAUAAAAACUACUUGUCUCCAUUCACUCCAAACUAACAUGCUCACACAAGCUUGUUGGAUGCUCAAGCCCCUUCCAGUCUAAACUUUCUCUGUACCACCUUCUUCCAACCCUUAUUGGGAUGAUCCCUAACCUACCUAAGAUUCAUACACCCUCUUGGUCACUGAUCUGCUCUAUCCUCUUUAAAUGCCUAAACCCACUUUUAUUUUUAUGAUAUGUGGUGAGAGAGAGAAUGUGUGUAUGGUGCUAUUCUGGCUCUGAGACAGUUUAGAAAGGUUAUUUUAUUUUUUAUUAUCACAUUGGCCGAUUCCCACCAAGGCAGGGUGGCCCAAAAAAGAAAAACUUUCACCAUCAUUCACUCCAUCACUGUCUUGCCAGAAGGGUGCUUUACACUACAAUUUUAUAAACUGCAACAUUAACACCCCUCCUUCAGAGUGCAGGCACUGUACUUCCCAUCUCCAGGACUCAAGUCCGGCCUGCCGGUUUCCCUGAACCCCUUCAUAAAUGUUACUUUGCUCACACUCCAACAGCAUGUCAAGUAUUAAAAACCAUUUGUCUCCAUUCACUCCUAUCAAACAUGCUCUUAAAAUUAUUUAAAAGUAUUGAAAUAGGCAGAUACAAUACAUGCUCAGCUUUCUUGUGCUACUAGCACAGAAGAUUCAUUUGAUGCCAUUUCAGAGGAUAUGUUAGGAGUCAAGGAGAAGUUUGGGUAAUUAUUGAUCAAGUAGAUAGUAAUGUCGGUGUGGGCUGCUGGGAUGUUUUCAGGAUUAAUUCCUACAGUAGGGUAAGCUUGACAGGUUUGUUUAUAGUAUCAGUAGUUGGGUGGGAGGGUUCCUUUGCUCAGGAGAAGAUUAUAUGUUUGAUUUUAUUUUAAUUUCUGAUGCAUUACAUAAUUUACUUGAUACAGUUAUUCUCAAACAUGAUUAUGCUAUUUUUUCCUAGUUGCAAAAAAA